CGCGUCAGUGUGUGCGCGUGUAAUCUUUCCUCGGAGGUUAACGUCCAGUAUAGCUUUUGACAGCGAAGUGUCGACAGAAACGGCUGAAUACUUCACUUUAACGCACUUGGCAGAAGUUUCAUUCGUAUUCAGGGAACGUGGUUACGCUUUACUCCCUUUUCUCCGGCCCCUCGUCUGAAAGUUAGUUGUUUUUUUUUGCCUUAAACUGGGCUCACGGAUAAUUCUCGGAGCUAGUUCCGCCUUCUGCUUCCUGCGUCUAAUGGACAGCGGCGGCGGCGACAAGUGUCAGGAGUAAGCAGGACACGGGCGGGAAACGCGUCUCCGCUCUGCAGGCUUCCAGACAACUAAAGUGCCUACCAGGGACGGUAUUCACGGCUGGGUUUUGGACACUGUGAUGGAAAAACCUGAUGAGGUUGACUUGAAGCAGAGCACACCAGCGGCCGAGGAAGGAAACCCUGAAGGAGCACCCCCAACAAAGCGCAAAGGCAAAUUUUCCAAAAUGGGGAAGUUCUUCAACCCAUUUAAACUUAAGAAGAAGAAGAAACCAAGUGAGAAGUUCACUGAAACGUCUAAAGAAUUGGAAAGAAGGAUUUCGGUGAGAAAAUCUCGCCAAGAGCUGAUUGAUAGAGGAGUCUUAAAGGAAAUCCCAGAAAAUGGAAACAAUAUAGAAAUCCACUCCAAAGAUCCACCAGUUAAAAAUGGCCACCCUGUACCAAUGGAUGCCGAUAGGGCGUCAGAAGCGGGAAGUCGCGCAAAUCCCGUUCGCCAUCCUCAAGAAGAAGAACGUCGAAGCAGAAUCCCAUCGGACGCUUCUCGAAGUAACAGGGCACCUCUGGAUGUGGACAGUUAUGCAAAGCUGCCUGUGGAUGUAGACAGACGAAGCCGCAUUCCUUCAGAUAUUGAUAAGAGAGGAUCUUUCCCUCCGCAAGAUGAUAGAAACUAUAGAGAAAAGAGGGGGGAUAGUCAAGAUAACAGGGACGACAAAGGGAGGAUGGACAGGGAAGGCAUGGAAAGAAGGGACUGGCGGGAGGAAAGGGAAGGGGGGGUUGACCGUAGAGAGGAAAAAAGAGAAAGAAGAGAUGAAAAAACAGACAGAGAUAUUAGAGAACGUAGAGAUCGAGAUGAAAGGGAUAGAAGAAACCUGGAUCGGGAUGAAAGAGAGAGGAGAGAUCGGGAUGAAAGAGAGAGGAGAGAUCGGGAUGAAAGAGAGAGGAGAGAUCGGGAUGAAAGGGAGAGGCGAGAUCGGGAUGAAAGGGAGAGGCGAGAUCGGGAUGAAAGGGAGAGGAGAGAUCGGGAUGAAAGAGAGAGGAGAGAUCGGAAUCCAGAAGAGAGGGAGAGGAGAGAUCGGGAUGAAAGAGAAAGGAGAGAUCGGGAUGAAAGAGAGAGGAGAGAUCGGAAUCCAGAAGAGAGGGAGAGGAGGGAUCGCGACGAGAGAGAGAAGAGAGAUCGCGACGAGAGAGAGAAGAGGGAUCGCGACGAGAGAGAGAAGAGGGAUCGGGACGAGAGAGAGAAGAGGGAUCGGGACGAGAGAGAGAAGAGAGAUCGGGACGAGAGAGAGAAGAGAGAUCGGGACGAAAGGGAGAGGAGAGCUCGCGACGAGAGGGAUAGGAGAGCUCGCGAUCCAGUGGAAAGAAGAGAUCGCGAUCCAGUGGAGAGGAGAGAUCGCGAUCCAGUGGAAAGAAGAGAUCGCGAUCCAGUGGAGAGGAGAGAUCGCGACGAGAGGGAGAGGAAAGAUCCAAUGGAGAGGAGAGAUCGGGAAGAGAAAAGAGAUCGCGAUCCAGUGGAGAGGAGAGACCGUGAUCCAGACGAGAGGGAGAGGAGGGAUCGGGAUCGGGAAGAGAAAAGAAAUCGUGACCCAGAAGAAAGGGAGAAGAGAGAUCGCGAUGAUAGAGAACGGAGGGAUCGGGAAGAGAAGGAACGAAGGGAUAGGGAACGUUAUGAAAAGGAAAGGAGAGAGCUCGAGAAUAAAGAAAGAAAAGAUGAGAGAGAGCGGUGGCCUGAACGUGAAAGGAAAGAGAAUAGCAAUGACAGAAAAGAGGACAGGGGAAGAGACGAAGCGGAGCGGAAAUAUGCUCAGAUGGAGAAAGAUGAUGGUCGGGACAAACGGGAAGACUGGAUAAAGAAACAUGAAAAUGGCCGUGAGAAAAUGAUCAGGCUGUUCCCUGAUGUCUCACGUUCGAUCUCCGACAUUGACUUGCGUCCUCCUAUGCAGAGGAGCUCCUCAGAUGAAAAGAAGAGUGAUUGCUCAUUGUCAGACGUUGAAAGAAGUUCUACACUACCCAGAUACAGACAACCCGUUGAAUUCCGAGAAAACUCAGAGUCUGUCGGUGUCCGCCUCACCCCUGACUAUUAUCCGGAGCAGGAUUCCCAGCACCAGCUACCCGUACCCAGGCGAGCUUUGAUCCCCCCCAAAUUCCCCACCCUUCCUCAUCCUGAGCCCCACAGUCCGACCCCCUCCUUCUCCUCGUCGUCAUCGUCAUCCAGCUCCUCCGGCUCCUCCGUUGAAGCUGCCAUUGCCAAGCCGCCGAGGACUGUCUCCCUCAUAGGAGACAACCUACCUCACCCGCAUCCUGAUGGCGCUACCUCAGCGGAUUCUGACACCCCUCCCCCUGUCCCUCCCCAUGCCCUGCAGCCCCCUGUCCCUCCCCAUGCCCUGCAGCCCCCUGUCGUUUCUCAUGCCAAGCAGCCUCCUGUGCCGCCACCUAAGCCCACCAACCGCUACAGCAGUCCUGCAGCGCUUGCUUCCUCCCUGAACAGGGCCCCUGACGUCAGGCAGCCGUGUUACUGGAGCGGCUUCAGACGGCAGGGCGAGCUCGGCCUCUACCUUUCUCUCCCCGGGCACCUGCGCCGCAGGGCUUGCCGGACCUGCUCAGCUGAGUUUUCUCAGCACGGCAGCGGGGUGAUCGUUGUCCCGGCUCCCUCUAAGCGCUCUCCGCCGACCCCGCCGAAAAGGAUGACUCCCGUUACCAAGCGCCAUUCCAUGGAUCCCUCCCCUCCGACUCAGGCCCCCGAGCCGUCCUCCGUCAACCCUCCCGUCGCUGCUCCGGCGCCCCCUGUUGCUCCUAAAGGAGGAAGCGGCGAGGACAGGACGCACGCAGCAGCCCCGCAGACGUCCGCAGAGCCCGCGCUUCCGCCGCCCUCCCACAUACCGCCGUCUCCUCCCAGGGUUAAGGUGCUGCUUCCAGCUCCCUCGUCGUUGGCCGCUGCCGUGCCAGCCAUACAGACUGAUCCCCCCAGCCCAACGACGGAGCCUCCCAGCCAGCCCCCCGCCAUCCCACUACACAUCCUGAUUAAGAGGGCUCUGAAAAACCCCGGUCCUGCCCAGCCCAACCCCGAAGGCUCCAAGAGGGCCCACUCGCUGCUCUUCGACAUACCAGACGUCCCCGAAGAGCCGCAGGUGACGCGCAACUCUCUCCCCGUCUUCAUCGAACCUCUCAGGCUGCCAGAUGACGAUGACUUCGACAUGGAGGAGGAGUUGCAGAAAGUCCAGGCUCAGCGGGCCCCCCGGCAGCCGGACCUGGAGCCCCGCAGCAGGAGGGGCCUGAUCGGAGACCCCAGAGUGACCGUCAUCCCUGAAACAGACAGCCACGAAGACAGCGAGGAGGACUCCGACUCCGACGGCCCCAUCCUCUACAGAGAGGACGACGACAGCGACGAAGAGGGAGGCCCAGCAAGUGGGCUGGCCAGCCGUGUGAAGAGGAAGGACACGCUGGCUCUGAAGCUGGAGAGACGAGAGAAGCUGAUCCGGGAGGCGGAGCAGGACAGCCAAGAGGGGAUGAGCUGGACCAACCGGGAGCAGUGGGAGGCCGUGAGGAACAAGAUCGGCACGGCGCUCACACGGCGGCUGAGUCAGAGGCCGACAGCGGAGGAGCUGGAGCAGAGAAACAUUCUUCCAGCCAAGAACGAAGCCGAUCGGCGGCUGGAGCGCUCCGAGAUCAAACGGAGGCUCACCAGAAAGCUGUCCCAGAGGCCCACAGUGGCGGAGCUGCGCGACAGGAAGAUCCUGCGUUUCCACGAGUACGUGGAGUCCACCCACGCCGAGGACUACGACCGGCGAGCAGACAAGCCGUGGACCAAGCUCACUCCUGCAGACAAGGCUGCCAUCCGCAAAGAGCUCAACGAGUUCAAGAGCACAGAGAUGGAGGUUCACGAAGAGAGCAGGAUCUUCACCCGGUACCACCGACCCUAGCUUCUCACGCCUUCAGGUCCAGCCCUUCCACAAACUGCGAAGACGCAGCAGCAGCGGCGCCGCUGCCCCGUUUGCCCCCCUUUCCUCCUGCAUCCUGCCUCGGCUGCAGACGGCGCCGAUGAGCGGGGCCCAGACGAGGGGCUCGGCCGCAGCUCUUUGGACCGUGGCCCCGACAGCAGGAGGCGGUCGCUCCGGUCAGUGUUGGACCCGCCUGAAGCCGACACGUCCCCGCCACCCCCCCACCCCCUCCUCCCUCUGCCGGGGCUCAGAGACUCCCGGACUGAACCAGGGGGGUGGUCUCCUUCCCUCGCGCCUUCGUGCGUACACCUGCCCUUCUUCUCAUAGCACAGAGAUGGGGCACAGAGAGAAAACUGCAGCCCAUGUCCGAACUGCUGAUGGUACCAUGAAACGGUUCUGCCUUACCUCUCAAACACUGACACUGAUAUCAGGCUCAGGCAGAACGUGAUAAACUCUGAUCUAGAAUCAGCCGCUGGCCUCGGGUUCCAGCAGCAAGCAGGUGCAUUUUACCGUCUUCCUUGAUCACUCGGAUUAUUCUCCUGAAGCCCACUAUCACUAGAUUAUUUUUGAUGAGGCACCUUAUGUUUCCUGUCUGGGUGAAUAGAAACUUACCAGCCUUUAAUUCUGUGUUUAUAUUGGAGAUUUUGGAAGCAGGAGAAUGUACAUAUUUUUAUUUUCCUGCCUGUUUUAUGGUACUUUAUAUAUGCUGCUCCAUCGCUGGAGGCAGUUGUAUAGAACAUUAAUGUAGAUUUGAUAGACUUUAUAUUGUAAACUACUGACUUGAAAUGCUGACACGUUUUAAUUGUCUUGUGUUUCUCAGAUGUAAUUCCUGAGCAUUAAUGGUACAGACCCUUUUUUUUUUUUCUUUUUUGAUACAGAGCCUGUAAGCCGAGCCGUUUGCAGGCACGGCGAAUAAUUGAGCAAUCCAAUUGGAAAAUAAAAAAAAGUAUGAUUUCU